AUGAGGUGUCAAAAUGGAAACAAGGAAUUAUAUCAAUGCAUCGAAGGUUUCGAAUUUGAUAGCAUCAGGUAUAAAUGCGUACCAAAAAAUUCAAUGACAACAAACGAAACGGCAUUGAAUGAUUGUUAUUAUCAAUCAGACGGUUUUAAACCUGAUUAUGCGACCAACUGCCAGGAUUAUUACAGGUGCGAAAAUGGUAAAAAAAUUGAAAGUUUUUCAUGUCCGCCAGACGAAUCGUUUAGUUAUCAUUAUCAAAGUUGUAGAUUGAAAAAAGAAGUGACUUGUGCAAAAUCAAAUUGCCAUCCGGAUUAUAAUGAUUUUUUUAUUUUUCCUGGUUCGAAAUGUCAGGCUUAUUAUUAUUGUCAAAAAGGUCUUCGGUCAGAUUUUCUUUGUCCGAGAGGUACAACUUUUGACCUUCAAAAAAAGACAUGCGUCGAAGAUGGAAUAUGUUACGAACCUGUAUGUACGGGUAGAAUCGAUGGUACCUAUGCUGACACGACACACGAUUGCGUGAGAUCAUUUACGUGUAAAGGAGGAAUACUCGAAAAAGUAAAUAGUUGUCCACCCGGUGAAAAAUACAACGGACGUUUAUGCGUACCAUCGCAAUUGCAAAAAUGCGAAAAACCACAAAAAACGGCUGCCGCAUUUUUUUUCCGUUCGAAAGACGAAUGUAAAUCCCUAGAGGAUGGAAGUCACGUGGUUAAAAAUACAAAUUGUAAAAAUGUAAGAAUAUGUCUGAGAGGGAAAACCACCGCGGCUUUCGAAUGUCCGACAAAUGAAAGAUUCAACGGUCAUCGAUGUCUUCCAAAAGAACUCGUACCCUGCGACGAUAUAUGUUCAAAUAAAAUGAAUGGAAUAUAUCCAGACGAAUACAUUGAUUGUCAAGGUUAUUAUUUUUGCUUGGAUGGAAAAGUAAUAGAAAGAGAACAAUGUUUUCCAGGUACGGGUUUCAACGGUUUCGCAUGCGUACCAAAACAUUUGGUGUCAUGUUCGAAAAAGAGUUUUUCAACGGGGAAAUGCAUGGGACUCAGAGACGGUUUUCAUCCGGACUAUUCGAACAAUUGUAAAAAUUAUUUCUACUGUCACAAUCACGAUAUGGUCAUUAUAGAUAACUGUCCGGAGGGUAGUACUUACGAUGGAAAACGUUGCGUGGAAAAUAGUGAGAUUUUAUGCGAGGGACCGAAGGAAAUGAAAGAAUGUGAUAAUUUACCACCCGGUUUAUAUCAAAAUAAAACUUCCGGUUGCACGAAUUAUUUUUAUUGCAACAGUGGAUUUGGUACGAAACUUUCUUGCGAAGAAGGACGAAUUUUUAACGGUUAUAAGUGCGUGAAUAUGGACGAAUAUACAUGUUCGAGCCCGGAUGUUUGCGAUGAUGAACCUGACGGUUACAAACAAGAUAAAAACACGGCAUGUCGAUCGUAUUAUUUUUGUUCCAACGGUAACAAGAUCACGUACGUGUGUCCCGAUGGAUUCAUAUUCAACGGUAACUACUGCGUGUCUCAGGAUACCUACGAGUGUCCAUUUUCUCCAUCAAAGGAUUGCGUCGGAAAAGCAGACGGUUAUCAUCCGGAUAGAUUAUCAAAUUGUAAAAAAUAUCACUACUGUUUGAAAGGUGAAAAACUCAACACUCUCACUUGCGGUGGUAAGAAAAUAUUCAACGGACGUGGAUGCGUUCUGGAAGAAAAUCCAGAAUCCGUUUGUUACGAUUUAUUCAUAAAUCCCUGCUCUCGUAAAGAAGAUGGAGUUUAUUCCGAUUAUAAAUCCGAUUGUAGAAAAUAUUACACGUGUAAAAAUGAAAUUAUGACGAAUGAAAAUUGGUGUCCUGAAAAUUACGGUUUUAACGGUAACACUUGUUUAAAAAAUUUCAAUUGUAAAUCGACCGUUAAAUACGAUACGAGUUGCGAUGGAAAACCCAUAGGAUUUUACCAAGAUUUAUCAAACGAUUGCAAAACUUAUUAUUUUUGUUUUUGGAACGCUAAAAUCAUCGGUGUUUGUCCCAAAGGUACGAUAUUUAACGGACAUAUUUGCAUCGAUUCGAAUUAUUAUAAAUGUCCGAGCGGUGAAACCUGA